CAGGAAGUGACGGUGCGCUGUGAGCAGGUGACCCGGAUGCGUCGCUGGUUUUGUUGACAUCUGAUCAUCUUCUGAUAAUGUUCGUAUUUCUGCGGUUAUUGUGAGGCAAGCGGCGCGUCAGUCGGAGUGCGGCGCGUCAGGUAAAGCAGCUUUUCUUCUCUCAAUGUGUGCCGCCUGAAAUCAGACCGCUGUCGUGUUUAUCUCUAGUCGUCCUGCUGAUCGACUCAAAGACUGACAGGGACGCCAUCAUGGCGGCUAAAGUAGGAGACGACCCGGACAGCCUGAUGUCUCUGUGCACCGUCUUCUGUCUGAAGAACCUGCGGAGAACCAUGUGCUACACAGGAGAGCGGAACAAACUCCACCUGCGUCCUGACAUCUUCCUGCCUAGCGAGAUCUGUGAUAAACUGGUGAACGUGUACAUGGAUCUGGUCCACACUGACAGUGACUGCGAGCCGCAGGACGGCUUCUUCCAGCUCUUCAGUGACCCACGCAGCACCAGACUCACCCGCUUGCAGCUCCGGGAGGAUUUCGUUCGGGACCGAGACCUGGAAGCCAUCGCCAAACAGGAUCUGAUCGAGCUUCAUCUGACCUUCUGUAACCGUCUGACGGCUCACAGUUUGAGAACGCUGUACAGUUUCAGACACUGUCUUCUGUCGCUUAGUUUGUUUGGAUGCUCAAACAUCUUCUUCAGGAAAGGUGGCGCUCCGCUGGCGUAUGGUGAGGAUGAUGAUGAUGAAGAUCUGGAAGAGCGUCUCCACAGGCACACAAUGGAACAGGACUUUAAUUUCCAAGGCUUCAACCAUUUACGGCUGCUAAAUUUGGGCGGUCUUCCUGCAGAUGUUGACGUAGAGACUCUGUUAAAACAGCUGCCUGCUCUCACCUCUCUGGACCUGUCGGGCAUCCAUCUGCCCCGCCCGGCAUUUCUCACCCAGUGGAAGGAGCGACUGGCAUCUCUUGUGCUCUAUAAUGUUGAUCUGACAGAGGAUCUGAUCCACACACUGCUGCAGAUGAGCAAAUUGAGACAUCUGGAUAUUUCCAGAGAAAAUCAGAGAACAUCUAAGUUUAAGUUGACAAAAAAGAUUCUGAGCAGUAUUGUUCAGGGUUUGGUCAAUCUGGUGUCUCUGGACAUCUCUGGACACAUCAUGCUGGACAACUGCACUGUGCCACAGUUUGAAGAAGCCACGGGACCCCCGAGCAUUGAGCCAUGUAAGAGCAGCAUUUACCCGUUUCAGGAGUUAAAGAGACCACUGCAGUUCUUAGGACUUUACAACACCACACUCUGCAAUGUCACACACAUACCUGCGUAUAAGGUCACAGGUUCAAAGAAUGAGGAUCAGAUCCUGAAUGCUAUCGAGGCAUACACAGAACAGCGUCCAGAACUGGCCCAUCGAGCUAUUAACCAACUUUUUGACAUCGCCAGAAUACAGCACUGCAGUCAACUCCUGCGAGCACUGCAGCUGGUGAUUCGAGCGUUGAAGACUCAUAAAUAUGACAAGAGCAUUCAGGUGACGGGCAGCGCCGCCCUGUUUUACCUCACCAACACUGAGUACCGCAAUGAUCAGAGCGUGUGUCUGCGCAGACAGGUCAUACAGGUGGUGCUCAAUGGCAUGGAGCAGUACCAAGAGGUCACGGUCCAGAGGAACUGUUGUUUGACGCUGUGUAACUUCAGUAUUCCCGAGGAACUGGAGUUUCAGUAUCACCGUGUGAAUCUGUUACUGCUGAAGAUUCUUGAGCCGGCACGUCAGGACGAGUCCAUCCAGCGCAUCGCUGUUCACCUGUGUAACGCUCUCGUCUGUCAGGUCGAUAACGACCACAAAGAAGCCGUCGGCAAAAUGGGAUUUGUUAAGACAAUGCUGAAUCUGAUACAGAAGAAACUGCAGGACAAAAUGUGUGAUCAGGUGAUGGAGUUCUCGUGGAGUGCUCUGUGGAACAUCACGGAUGAGACGCCUGAUAACUGUCAGAUGUUUCUGGAGUGUAACGGCAUGAAUCUCUUCCUGGACUGUCUGAAGGAGUUUCCUGAUAAACAGGAGCUGCAUCGUAACAUGUUGGGGCUGCUGGGUAAUGUGGCUGAAGUGAAGGCGUUGAGGCCGCAGCUGCUGACCAGACAGUUCAUCACCGUGUUCAGUGAUCUGUUGGACAGUAAAGCCGACGGCAUUGAAGUGUCGUAUAACGCAUGCGGCGUUCUCUCUCACAUCAUGUUUGACGGGAUGGAGGUCUGGAACAUGGAGGAGCCCCAGAGGACACACGUCAUGGACAAAAUGUGGGCGGCCAUUCAGAGCUGGGACGUGACCUCACGACGAAACAUCAACUACAGGUCGUUUGAGCCCAUCUUGCGUCUCCUCCCGCAGAGUGGCGCUCCGGUCAGUCAGCACUGGGCAACAUGGGCACUUUUUAACCUGGUGUCAGUUUACCCGGAUAAAUACUGCCCUCUGUUGAUAAAGGAAGGUGGCAUCGCUCUGCUGCAGAAAGUUCUAGAGCUGGAAUCUUCUCAUCAAGAGACCAAGGACAUGGCACGUAAAGUGAUGGAUCAGUGUGAGAACUUUAAGGAAGACCCGAUGGACACCAGCCGGUAGACGUUCGGAGGACGCACAACAUCAGCUCUCACUCCUGUCACACGCAUGUGUGUGUGUCAGUUGUGUGAUUGUGUUGCACAUGGUUAGCAGUGAACACUGCCUCAUUCUAGGGGUGUUUUGUUUCUGGUUUUAUUUGUAUAUGAUAAUGUGUCCGAGUGAAUGUGUAAACAGUAUAUGUGUGCGUGUGCGUCUGGAAUAUAAGCUCUCACGGUUCCUGUUCUCUAUGACAUCAUAAUGCACGUAACGGAUGAUGAUGAUGUCAUAAUGACUGUUCAAGCUGGCGAUUGGAUCUCUGCGUUUGGGGAUGUGUUCCAGAUGGAUGUUUUAAUGGCAUUACAGUAAAUGACUCUUGCAGUCGUCUCAGAACGACACGCUUGACGAGUUAAAUCACAGAUCUGUCAUUAAAGCGAUAUCUGUUGGGGAGGUUUUUUUUUUCUUCUUAUUUUGUAUUUUUAAUCAUAUUCACUUUUUAUUUACAAAUGAUGAAUAUGUAAUGAGAUAAACAGUGGAAUCAGAGUUUUGUGUGUAUGUUUGUAGUUGAUCAGAUGUGAUUUAUUCUGCGUUUACACCUGCAGGUUUGUGCUUUUAAAUGCAGCACAUGUUUUUCUACACGGUUCUGAAACCGCAAUAAAAUCAUGAUGUACUGAAGUGACAUGUCAACACAACACUGGGUGUAAAGAGAAAAUAUGAAUAUUAAUCUGUUACAAUCGUCUC